AUGUGCGUUGUUGCAUUAAAGAUACUGUCCUUAUCUGCCGUGGAAACUGCUAUCGGCUCAGAAUGUGCAUCACCAUUCAUGGAUAUCCUGUUUAAAUGCCUCUCAGACCCACAUUCAAAACAGACUAUCGCUUUGGUGUUAAAAGUUCUAGCUGAUCACAAUGAAAAUGCAGAUUGGGCACAGCCAGCUGAGUCCGAUCUCAUGCUUAUUAACACGGUCACAAGACUUGUUUCAGUUGAGUGGAUCUUGCAAGAUUCGGCUACGCUUUUCUCUGUAUGCAAAUGGAUCUGUCAAGCUUUCUGCUUGACCUGCCACCUUUCAAGUCGACCCGUUCGCGUUGAUCGCCUGAUUGAGAUUCUAUGUAAUUUGGCUGCCAGCCCAGAGGCGAAAUUCCAAGCUGCAGCUUCUACCAUGGCUCUGAGGCUGUCAUUUGACAGUGAUUCAAAGAAUUUGAGUAUCCUCGUUCGUAUUGCUCUGAUCUGGCUACUUCCUGGUAACACUAAUACGGCGGAGACCACCUUAACGGGAAGCAAACGGUCCAAAGACAGAGGAGAGUUCUGCCGCUUGGAUGGCGAGAGCGCGACAACGCUCCUGCUUGCUGCUGCUAAGAAUGUCGAUAUAUGCCGUAGCCUACUAAGCCCCCAAGAAGGCUAUUUAAAACAACUUCUGCCUUUGGGAUGCUUCGCUUGCACAAGCACACAUGUGCCCGAUAAACAGCGUCUGGCUGCAACGGAGUUGCUAAGAACGCUGGCUUGCAUGUCUUCCGACUGGAACUUUUCCAUGCUAGGCACCAAUGGCCCCGAGAGAAACUGCGGCGAUCCAUUACGCGUCACCCAUUGGGAGCAGUUUUUAGUUCAACGAGCCUUUUCACUCGCAUUUCUUGAUCUCCCAACUGAAGUCAUAUCAACCAUGAGAAAACGUCUCUUUCGACCUUGCGACCACUUCACCCAAACGCCUUACGUUUGCCGUCCAUCCUCAAGUUGCAUCAGCCAUCUUGUUUCGCUUACACAACGCUUUGCAAAGACUUCCCUUUCAUCGCAAAGCUUAAUCUCGAAACUCACCUCCCCCAGCGCAACUGUCGCCUGGAGGCCCUCAAGCCUCUUCAGUUCCCAACAGUCUUUCGAUCAAGCUCUACUCAGCGGCCUAGUUAAGAGUGUGGUGCAAACGGAAGCUAUUACCGAUGGCAUUCGGGCUGCCAGACUAUGUGCCCGGAUACAACUACUCCUCAAGUACGUUUUCAGAGCUGUACAUGAACCGCAUUCUGAUGAGUGUGCAUUCAAAGCAUGGCUAGCUGACCGGCCUAAAGACGAUAACACUCAUCCCACCUCCUAUCUCUCCUUCCGACUGUCGGGCGUGCAGAAGCAAGAAUGCGGUGCCUUCGUGCAUCUCUCUGGCCUUGCACUCAUAGUUGACCCUGGACAGACCGACUCAGGCUUCGUUCAGUUACCCAUCCAGACAUCUGUUCUGUUCGCUCUUUCACCCUUUUUUGAGGUCCUCCUCUCACAACGUUGGGGGGCAAAUGUUGCACGUGAUGGUGCAGCCGUGGUGCUAUCCGACAAGCCAAAUUGUGCACUCUGGCCGUUGUUCCCUUUCUUAAUAAUACUGCAUCUUACUGUUGGUUGUGAAUGGAGGUCCUGUGGCUUCCUCCGGGCUUUCCUCCUCCCAUCUGCCGCCUGUAGGGCUUUUCCAUCUGAUCACGUGGCCGAACUGCUUGGCCUGGCGGAUCGCCUGAUGCUUCUCCUAGAAGCCAAUCCGGAUGACCCAUCCAGCAGUGCCAAACCGUCAGAAUGCACUUUCCUGUUUCGACUUCAAUGCUGCGUCCUGUGCUCAUUAGUUUGCACGGUCUUGACGAGUCAAGAGAUGCCCCACUCUUCCUCGAUUGUUCGAAACCUUUUCAUUACCUGUCUGCGUCUUUCAGCCCACCUGCAGGACAGCAACCUUUUCACAGCCGUCGUGUGGUUGGCGUUUACUGACUCCCGUUGGGUGCCUUCGGAAGCCUCCAUAAACAAUCAGCGGAACCUACUCAACCGACCGCUAGCCUAUUGCCUCUACGCCCUCCUUCAAUUUCGACCCUUUGGAGGACAGGACAACGAGUCCAACCUGUGCUCAUCUGUAGCCUCGAGUUUGGACAAAAUAUUGUUCAAGUUGUUGAGGGGCUCUUAG